AUGAUGCAGUUCACGCAUACCGCGCCACCGCCGCCGCCUCUGCACCCUAACGGCCAUGCUGCAGGAGGGCUAGGGCUAGGGCUGUUCCUUGACGUCGGCGCGCCCAGGGCGGCACGCGGCCCGUGGCCUGGGAGCUUCCCGACGCCGGCGUCCAAGAUCUCGCUCGGCAACCUCAACAGCACCAGCUGCAUGGAGCAACUGCUGGUGCACUGCGCCAACGCUAUCGAGGCCAACGACGCCACGCUCACGCAACAAAUCCUCUGGGUGCUCAACAACAUCGCGCCGCCCGACGGGGACUCCAACCAGCGCCUCACGGCCUCGUUCCUCUGCGCGCUCGUCGCGCGCGCGUCCAGGACCGGCGCCUGCAAGGCGGUCACCGCCGCAGUCGCCGCCGCGGUCGAGUCGGCCGCGCUCCACGUGCACCGCUUCACGGCCGUCGAGCUCGCCAGCUUCGUCGACCUCACGCCCUGGCACCGAUUCGGCUACACGGCCGCCAACGCCGCCAUCCUCGAGGCCGUCGAGGGCUUCCCCGUCGUGCACGUCGUCGAGCUCGGCACCACGCACUGCAUGCAGAUCCCCACGCUCAUCGACAUGCUCGCCAGCCGCGCCGAGGGGCCGCCGAUCCUCCGGCUCACGGUCGCCGACGUCGAGCCCAGCGCGCCGCCGCCGGCCCUCGACAUGUCCUACGAGGAGCUCGGCGCGAAGCUGGUCAACUUCGCGCGAUCGCGCAACAUGUCCAUGGACUUCCGGGUGGUGCCCACCACGCCGGCCGAUGCGUUCACGUCCCUGGUGGACCAGCUCAGGGUGCAGCAGCUGGUCCUUGACGGGACCGAGGCGCUCGUCGUCAACUGCCACAUGCUGCUGCACACCGUGCCGGACGAGACGGCGGGGUCUGUCAGCCUGACGCAGCCGGUGUCGCUGCGGACCAUGCUCCUCAAGUCCCUCCGGACGCUCGACCCCAACCUGGUCGUGGUGGUGGAGGAGGACGCGGACUUCACGGCGGCCGACGUGGUGGGGAGGCUCCGCGCGGCGUUCAACUUCCUCUGGAUCCCGUACGACGCCGUCGACACGUUCCUGCCCAAGGGGAGCGAGCAGCGGCGGUGGUACGAGGCCGAGAUCGGGUGGAAGGUGGAGAACGUACUGGCGCAGGAGGGCGUGGAGCGGGUGGAGCGGCAGGAGGACAGGGAGAGGUGGGGACAGAGAAUGCGCAGCGCGGGAUUCCAUGCGGUGGCGUUCGGCGAGGAGGCCGCCGGCGAGGUGAAGGCGAUGCUGAACGAGCACGCCGCGGGGUGGGGGAUGAAGCGGGAGGACGACGACCUGGUGCUCACGUGGAAGGGGCACAACGUCGUGUUCGCGUCGGCGUGGGCGCCGUCGUCGUCGUGA